AUGAUGGCUCUGCAAUUCGGCGGCCUCCUCGAAUUGAGUCCGGCGUUGUUAGUUUCAAAGCAAACUGUCCAGGCAUUGGUGUCUGCGGUGCUGAUGAACGUGGCGAUCGUCGGCAUCAAUCAAGUGUAUGAUAAGAAACUUGAUCGCGUGAACAAACCUUAUCUGCCGCUGGCUAGCGGCGCAUUCAGCUCAGACACGGCGCUAUCUAUAAUCGCCGCUUGCACAACUGUGAGCCUGGUGUUGGGAGUCUUGAGCGGCAGCAGUGCUCUGAUCUUUUCCCUGGUUGUCAGCUUGCUGCUUGGCAUUGUAUACUCUGUAGACUACCCCGGCCUUCGCUGGAAACGAUCACCAGUCCUCGCCGCGUCGUGCGUGCUGUUUGUGAGGGCUGUGAUCGUUCAACUGGGGUUCUUUGCUCACGCACUUGGACGUGGCUUAUUAGAUUUCCACUUCCCAAAGAACCUUUGGUUUGCCAUCGGUUUCAUGGUUGUGUAUGGUGCUGUCAUAGCAUUGUUCAAAGAUUUACCUGAUGUGGUUGGUGACCAAAAGCAGAACAUUCGAACACUUUCUGUUCGACUAGGUCCGUCGGUUGUUUUCAACAUUUGUGUUUCGCUGCUUUCCAUGGCUUAUGGAAGUGCUGUGCUCUUGAGUGUGAUGUACAAUUCUGCGACAUCUACUGUGUUGGGAAUUUUGCACACAGCUGUGAUUUUUUCACUGCUCGUUGCGUCUAAACGGGUCGAUAUAUCGUCGAGUGCAUCGCUUUAUGAGUACUACAUGCUCAUUUGGAGGGCUUUCUAUGCUGAAUACUUCCUGCUGCCUUGGUGUACGUUUUGA